CCCCGAGCUGACGUCACAGCGAAGCCUGUGAGGAGGCGAGGGAGAGUUGAUGAAGGCGGAGAAGAGGAGCUGCAGGCCGGUUGCACUGAGCUCCGUCCGCGCCUGUGCGGCUGUUGGAUGCUGGACUGGAUUUGUUUCUUUCCCGGACGAUGGAGAACCCGAAGAGAGCGAUGCGUGUUAUGAAGUGUUUGGCUUGGAUGUACAGCAGCCUGUGGGUGAUGGCCGUGGCUGACAGCCUAGCUCAGUGUAGCGAGGGGGAUUACUACUUUGAAUACACAGAGUGUGACAGCACUGGCUCCAGAUGGAGAGUGGCCAUUCCUCAGAGGCCAGGAGAGUGCACUGGACUCCCUGACCCUGUGCAGGGCACUGACUGCACUUUCUCAUGUGAGGCGGGUGAGUUUUUGGAGAUGUCUGCUCAGGAGUGCACUCAGUGUGCGGCUGGAUCAUAUUCUUUGGGCAGUGGCAUCCGCUUUGAGGAGUGGGAUGACAUUCCCCCGGGAUUCAGCAGUGUGGCGACCUACCUUGACAACACUCCACAUGGGCAAGAGGGGCCUUCCUGUAAUGGGUCCUCAUGGAUUGCUCAGGGUAGUUAUGUGGAGUCAAACAGAGAUGAGUGCAGUGUAUCUCUGGUCUAUGCUGUACACUUGAAGAAGCAGGGCUCAGUCUCCUUUGACUACCAGUAUGUGGACAACAACAUCUUCUUUGAGUUCUUUAUUCAGAAUGACCAAUGCCAGGAAAUGGAGAAGACUUCAGAUCAGAAGUGGAUGAAGCUGACAAGCAAUGGACAGUGGAGCAAACACACGGUCAGUCUGAAGUCGGGCACAAACGUCCUGUACUGGAGAACCACUGGAGUUACAGUGGGGGCUAAAGUAGUUAAGCCUGUUCUGCUGAAGAACAUCCAGAUAGAAGGUGUGGCAUACAUGUCAGAGUGUUUGCCUUGUAAACCAGGUACAUUCAGUAAAGCUCCUGGUUCUUCCUCCUGUGAACUCUGUCCCAGAAACACCUACUCAGGCAGAGGAGCGAGCUCCUGCACCCCCUGCAACACAAGCACGCAUUACGCAUUGGAAGGUUCUACUAUGUGUAAGGCCAGACCUGCCUGCUCCAAGAAGGAUUACUUCCAGAUCCACAGUGUCUGUGAUGAGGAGGGCAAGACACAGAUCAUUUACAAGUGGAUAGAGCCUAAGAUCUGUCUGGAGGAUGCUUCUGAUGCAGUAACGCUGCCCCCUACUGGUAAACGUGAGCCAUGUCCACCCUGCAACCCUGGUUUCUAUAACAACAACACAGCUACCUGCCUGCCCUGCCCUCAAGGAACCUAUUCCGAUGGCCUUAAAGAGUGCCAGCCUUGCCCAGCAGGCACAGAGCCUGCUCUGGGCUAUGAAUACAAGUGGUGGAACAUUCUGCCUGCCAACAUUAAGUCGUCUUGCUUCAACGUGGCCAACACCAAGUGUGACGGCAUGAAUGGAUGGGAGGUGGCAGGAGAUCAUAUCCGUUCUGGAGCAGGGGGUUCAGAUAAUGAUUACCUCAUCUUAAACCUUAAAGUGCCUGGAUUCAGGUUGCCUACAUCAAUCAGUGGAACCAGUGGAACUGAGUUUGGACGAAUCACCUUUGUGUUUGAAACUAUCUGCUCUGCUGACUGUGAGCUGUAUUUCAUGAUGGACACGGAUAGAAGGAGCACCAGUGUGGUGGAGUCGUGGGAGGGCAGUAAGGAGAAACAGUCCUACACGCACAUCAUGACUAAGAAUGCAUCUGUGUCUUACACAUGGGCCUUCCAACGCACUAACCAGGCCAAGGAUGUGCGUCAGUACAUCAAUGACAUGGUGAAGAUGUACUCGAUCACAGUGACGAAUGCUCUGGAUGGUGUAGCCUCAUCCUGUAGGGCUUGUGCUAUAGAGUCUCAGCAGCCUGGCUCAGCAUGCGUCCCAUGCCCAGCUGGCUAUUACAUAGACGAGGAGACCAACCAGUGUUUGGAAUGCCCACCCAACACCUUCCUCUCAGGACACCAUGUCUAUGGCCGAGACGCAUGUCAACCGUGUGGCCCAGGCAGCCGCAGCAACAAGGAGCACAGCUUGUGUUUUAGCGACUGUUCAUUUACAUACUUGGAGCUGAACCAGACUCUGCAGUUUGACUUCAGUCCUCUGGGAUUCACUGGCUCCAUCAUGAAUGGCCCCAGCUUCACUUCCAAAGGCACCAAGUACUACCAUCUUUUCAACAUCAGCCUAUGUGGGCUAGAGGGUCACAGGCCAGCAGUCUGUUCAGAUAAUGUCACAGAUCUGUCUGAUAAGGAUCCUCAUAGUGCCGAAUCUAACUCCGUGGAAGCCUUCAUCUGUCAGUCAACGGUCAUCCCCUCUGAUGGGCGUGGCUUUAGGGUAGCCCUCACUUCACAGUCCACUGGUCUGGCAGAUUCAUUUCUUGGAGCCACAAUAGAGAAAUCACUCAAUGGAGUUGCAGCCCGACCAGAACUCUUCCCCACUGCCCCCAGGAGAGUCCCAGACAUCAAUUUCUACUAUCGAUCUCCACAGACAACAUCCUCCUGUGAGAAUGGCAGAAAUACAGUGGUCACUCUACGCUGUAACCCUGAGAAGAGUGCUAAAGGAGAAAUAUCAGUGCCCAGGGAAUGUCCAGCAGGCACCUGUGAUGGCUGUACCUUCCACUUCCUGUGGGAGAGUUCCAGUGCUUGCCCACGCUGCACUGAGGCAGACUACCACCAGAUCGAGGGAGCCUGCAAGGGAGGCGUGCAGGAUACUGUGUACGUGUGGACAGAGCCACGGCUCUGCACAGGAGGAGUAGCUCUGCCUAUGAAAAAGAGCAUGUCGUGCGAGAUGAUCGAUUUCUGGUUGAAGGUGGGAGCUGGGGUGGGGGCGUUCUGUGCCGUCCUGCUCAUCUCCCUCACCUGCUACGUCUGGAAUAAGAACAAAAAGCUGGAGUUUAAGUAUUCCAAGCUGGUGAUGUCAGCCAAUAAGGAGUGUGAAUUGCCAGCAGCAGACAGCUGUGCCAUCAUGGAGGGGGAGGGGGAGGAGGUGGAGGACGAGGUGGUUUACUCCAAACCCUCAUUACUGCGCAAGUUGAAGGCCAUUGCUACCAAGGGCAACGAGCAGAGCUCCGAGGCCGUCCAGCUGAAAUCCUCCCAGGCAGAGAGAUGGGUGUGGGGAUAGAGGGAAGAGGGGAAAAAAGAGAUGGAUGGAUGGAUGGAUACUUUGAAGCCCCUCUUCGCUCAUGAACCUGUACACAUGCAGUGGCCUUAAGACAGAGAGGAGAAGGGCAUCUGAGGAAAAAAAAGCCCCUCUGGGGAUUUUGGGCCAACUCUAUUCAGGACCAGAGCAGCAGACCCUGUGGGAUGGAUCUGUUUGAUGUCAUCAUCAUGUCACUGUGCAAUCUGUCUUUGUUUUCCUUAUCAUUUGUUGUUGUAUGUGUGUGUUUUUAAUAAAUAAUAUAUCAAAAUGUAA